ACAAUAAAUGUUAGUAAACAUGGAUUUCCCAACCACGAACUGGCGGCGUGAUCGAAGCCUGUACAGAAAGCGACAAGGAAAAUCAAUUCAUACCAUAACAGUGGCACAACACAUACAGUGAAUAGGUGUUCAGUCGGCCAAUGUGCUGAAAGUGUGCACAUUGCUUCAGAUCAAGACAAUCUUGAACAUUCCGUGACCAGAGUUUUCGACUGCUGGUACACCAGGACACAGGCUUAGAAGUAGUUCUGCUGAAAGCCCAAUCUGGCGAGUAUAACGAAAAUCCUGUUCCUAUUGGUCAGCGGGUAUCACGUUACGUCAAUAUCGGCCAAACCUAGGCCAUGUGUACCAGAAAUAGAGGUUUCUAUUAAUGGAAGCUGUGUACCCUGUACUUGUCCAAACGGCUUUGUCAGACAAAAUAAAAAGAAGUUUUAUCCUUCCACAAACGGUGAUUUGCUCACGAGAAAUGCCCUAUUGUUAUAAACUAACUUCAGAGACGAGUUUCUGGUCCCUCUAAAAUGUCCGCCAUGUGUCCGUUGUCGGGAGGGAACGUUCAGCGAGCCUUGGACGGAGAACACGUGUGUCAGUUGUUCUACACCAUGUUUCCAAAUGAACCGGAUCACAUUGCAAGCCUGCGAUGGCAGAUCCAACAGACGCUGUGGACAAUGUCUGAAUGGAUUCUACAUGGCUUUUCGCCAUGACGAAGAGUGUGUAAGUUGUGAAAAUGAUCGUCUCAACAGAUCAGAAUGUAAAGAAUAUCGAAAACGACCCUUGACAGAGCGCACAAAUCCCACAACUGAGCUUUCCCUCGACAGAGAUGACAGACUUGCCGGAAAUAGGAAAUCUGUUGUUGCAGCAACACAUACCGAAGGAAAAUCCGAUAUCCUAACUAUUGUAGUGCUAAUUCUAAUGGCUGGUGCGAUUAUUUGUGUGAUCGUAUUGGUUUUUGUGCGAAACAAGAGGCAUCAUGGUUCCCCUGUUACGGAUAAGGGUCAAGCUAAUGUUUGGGGCAAUACCUCGACAAAACUUGAGGAAAUCAACAUUGAAGCUGAUUGUGGACUUCUGCAUAGUAAGGGAGAAAUAGAAAAGCACGACGAAAACGGCAUCGUGGAAUUGAGCACAGCCUAUGAUGUAGUCAUCAACCGAGAAGAUCCCCUCCUUCAGCGAGUUGCUAAGCAAAUUGAUGACGAACCAAAGGACAUCUUCCUGCAUCUGGAGGUUCCUAGAAAUGUGUAUUUCCAGACGGAGAAGAAUAUCCAGAACCAUGUCGGAUAUCAGAUUGCUGACGUAUAUCACAGUUUGUUACAAAAGUGGGUGGAAAGAAGUGGCAGAGCAGCAACAAAACGGGUGUUGUAUAGAGCUUUUGAAAAGUUCGGUAUGGUAUCUGUCUGCAACGUUAUAACGGCUGAAACCGAAAUCUUAAAGUGAUAAAAUCAUUACACCCGUGAAGACAGAUUACAUAUCAUUUCUUGUUUUAAACAUACGCCUGAAGUAUUGUUUUUGUACUCUUUUGUUGUAUCCGUAAUCAUAGAAUGUGUACUCUUUUGUGUCCUAUUCGUUAUAAGGCAAACAUACCGGAAGUACACCACCCGGUUAUGAUGAAAAAUGUUAUACACUCCUUACCGACAAUCCCCCUCCCCUUUCAAAUUUCACAACGCUUAUGACGACUGACUUUAAUUUCUGUUCAUGCAAUAAAGUCAUGUCACAAUUGUUGUAUUCCUGAAUUUUGUCACCAACCCAGAAGGACGGGCCAGUUUCUCUAUGUUCCAAGGGGCUACAAUGAAUUACUCUUGUACAUGAGACGUUACCUUGAUUUCGUUCCCAUGAAGUCGAAGAUAACUAAUUAAUGUUCCUUAGUUGCCCCAAUUAAUUUCUAUGUAAUUAUUUUAUUAUUUCAAACAGAAUACAGAUUUCUAAAAUACAUUUUGUGUCAUAUUUUACAGAAGCAUACGAAUUAUAAAUUCAUACAUAUAAAGUAACCUCUGACUGAUAUAGGAUGCGGUGUCAAUAUAAUCUAUAGAUUGUGGAUUAAUUCGAAUUCUGACAUCACGUAUACUGUCCAAACACACUUCCUGGAAUACGUUUAUAUGAGUUUGUGAAUUAUUGUGCUUUGUGACAUCAUGUAUACUGCUCAAACAUGUUUUACAGAAUACGUUUAUAUGAGUUUGUGAAUUAUUGUGCUUUGUGACAUCAUGUAUACUGCUCAAACAUGUUUUACAGAAUACGUUUAUAUGAGUUUGUGAAUUAUUGUGCUUUGUGACAUCAUGUUCACUACUCAAACAUGUUUUACAGAAUAUGUUUAUAUGAGUUUGUGGAUUAGUGUGCUUUGUACGUUUUUAUGAUUCUUCAAUAAAUGUAUAAACUUAAAAUGUUAUCUUAUUCCUUUCUUCCCGGCUUAUCGUACAGUUAUACAGAAUUAAUAAAGGAAGCUGUCCAAAUAAACAGCGUAAUAGCGAGCAUUUACAUAGAGAGUAAAGUCCAAUGCGUGAUACAGAAAUGAUUGCCUAUUUAUACACAUAUUCAAAGAAUGGCAUUGAAACUACCUUUAAAGCAUAAUGUUGUCAGAAGUUUCGGUAUUUAAAAAUAGCAUAGCCCCUGAUGUUGACUAGAAUCUGAGAUCUUCCGGGAACUAUUUCAUCUCGCCCCAACAAAACUUAAUUGAAAAACCUUACAUUUCCAUGCAGCUACCAUUCUCUGUUUCUAGUAGUGCAGACUCGCUGUUUCCAAACUCGUGUUUUUAUCCGUUUCUUAAGUUGUUUUGCCGUUAAAUUUGCUUAUCAUUUAAAAUUAAAGUCUUGUAUAUUGAUUAAACAUGCGCGCUUAUAUACUUGUAGUAAUAUUUUUAUCAAACCAAAGAUAAACAAGUCCAUGUCUUUGUUAAUGUGAUAAAUAUAACUCUUAUUUUUCAAAGUUGUUUGGAUUUAAAUUAUAUGUUUCUAUUUUAAACCGUACUUUCGUUUUAAAUUUCCAUAUGUUUUCGUCGUGAUCGGAACGUGAUCAAUGUUUCAUUGGACAAAAAUAACUUUAUGCAAAUGAAAGGUGUAUUUCCUCCACUGAAAUCGCUUUACGCAGCGAUUGUUUGUAAACAAAGAUGCGUGAACAGCAGUAUUCGUCAAUUGACUUCAAAAUACACAAGCUGACGUACUACAUUCACUGAGAACUCGGACAAUGGAAGGCAUCAAAAUGGUUUUUGUGUUGCUUACGAUCAUACAUUGCACUAUUUUUAUUGAAAGUGCAAAUAUAAAAUGUAAGACAGGGAUGGAGCAUUUCCACAAUGGAGUCUGUGAACCUUGUCUUUGUCCCAAAGGGGAGGGUCUAAAUAUUUCUAAGGUAUGUCGUUUUACGUCCCAUUUAAGAAUUGUUCUCUCCUAAUAGUAGAUACGUCACCAGCUUUAGAUAAAAGAACUAUCUGCGAUUUUGACUAUUCUUUUAAAUCACGUUUUCAGAUAGAAUUGUAAAAUUGUCAUAAAACUACGGAAUCCAAGCUUUUUUCAAAAUAGAAAAAGAAAUUGAUGACGUCAUAUAGUUAUCAUGUCAUUAAAAUUAUGCAAAUUUAUACUUGUUACAAAUUUCAGCAAAAAUAUGGUAUACUAUGUUGGUUUUUUAUUUGGAAACAUAGAUCACAGGUCUGCGUAGACAUUGCUUAGUGAUUGAUAUGUAAAAUUAUACUAUCAAUGAAAGUUCAAGUCGAUUUUUGGCCACGCUUUGCUUUAUUAUAUAAAUAAUGUAGUGAACUUUAAGUUGCAUUUUAGAGGAUCAUAGUAAAUGGUUCAUUCUCAGUGACGUCAUAUAAACAAUUAUACAAAAAUCAUUGAGAUGUAUAUAAUUAUGAAAAAGUGAAAAUAACGAACAGUGAUCAAUCUCAUAAAUCCUAUAUAAGAAAUACAAAUAUUUUAUUAUUUUAGAUUAUUUAAAAUGUUUUAGGAGCAUGUUUUAGAAAUAAAUUGUUCCUUCCUUUGCAUUCUGUCUUUAGGCGAUUGCUAUAUGCUGAUAAAAUUCCCUCUUGAUGAUGUAUUUAAUUCACAGAAUUCAUCGAGUAACAGUGUAGUGGAGAAUGGGAUGUGUUCACCGUGCUCUCCCUGUCCAGACGACAUGUUUUCUGGUCCCCAGACAAAUUAUCUCUGUAAGAAAUGUUCCACACCUUGCGAUAUCCGAAAGAGGGUUACCCUCCAACACUGUGAUGGAGAAAACGAUGUGUCCUGUGGAGACUGUAUGAAAGGGUAAGCAUUGAUGUUGGGAAUGGUUAUGGUGUGUUGUGUGGAUAUUGUGAAUUUGUAGGCAUACGGAGCACGAAGUGGCGUGGAAAUGUUAUCAAUAGGUAUGUUGUUUUAUGUGGAGGGUGUGAAUAGGUAGGUAUACAGUACAAGAAUUGAAGUGGAGAUUGCUUCAAUGGGUAUGUUGAGGUAUUUGGAAGUGGUGAAUGAGUAGAUUAGAACACGAAGUGACGUGGAAAUUUUAUCAAUGGGUAUGUUGAGGUAUUAGGAGGCUGUAAAUGAAAAGAUAUACAGAAACUUUAUUAAGAAAAAUAGACUGUACGGAAAACAACAUGCUUCCUGAGAAUUGUACAAAUGUAUGAAAAAAUCCGAAAAUGUAUACUACCUUGUGAAUGAUAUAUAGACUUGAAAUACGUCGUGACAUUUUUAUUAUGAAAAAUUAUCAUACAUUGAUGAAUAAUGUUUGUUGAGGACCUUAUGAAUAAAUCAUUACGAGGCGUAUUUCACAAACAAGUAUCAAAAGUGUAAUUAAAUAAUUAGGUGGUGUUUUGAUAUGCAUAUAUUAAUUUUGAUAUUUGAUGCAAUGGAUUCAUUUUAGAUACAUAAUGAGCAAAAACACAGUCUGUUAUUCAGCGGCCCACCACGGAAGUGACGUCAGACGUGAACUUAAAGAAGGUAUACAUUUAAUGUCUAUUCUUCGAUAAGAAAGUUUUUUUUUAUAAAGCGUAAAGUCCUAUCAUGGAUAAUGUAUUCAGUUCAAUAAAGAUCAAAGUGGUGAUUGCAUUCAGAAUACAAAGGUACUGUAAAACUGAAAGCAGAGCAGUACAAAACUCCUGUGAUUUAUUAUUAAGUGUGGGCGGAUUCUUGAUAAUGACGAAUGUGUUUUUAUAUUUCAGAGGACCACACGGUAUUCUUCGUCUUGACAGGGAUCGUGGUACCGUUGUGGAUUUGUUGUAUCUGCUACUGCAUUUUUAGGAAUAAAAUUGGAUCGUGGAGGCAGAAAAAGAACGGCACAAAUCACCAUACAUGCAAGGCCAAUUUGGUUUAUAUCAGUACGUCAACAUUAUCCACCUUACAGUGCCAAUUUCUCCGAGAUUAUUUUCCUUCCGUGUAAUGAUAUGGCGCACGUAGGAGCACAAAAGGACACAAGAGCAGACUAGAAAUUACAUUGAUUUAGGAGAGAGAAAGAAUUCCACCAUUUUAAUUAAACAGCAUGAUGAGAAUGAUGACCUUUAUAUUUGACCUUAUGAGACAUGUUUAUAAUAUGCUUUUAGAUAUUUAUCAAAGUUAUAAUGUAAGACAAAUCCUAUUUGAGUUAGAACUUCUGCAUUUUCGUUUCAAAGUAUCCAAAAUAUUUCUGGAAGCUACUAUUAUAAUUUUUGUAUUAAAUAACAGGUUCUUACAACCGAUGAGUGAACCGGAACUUGGUCUCAUCUGUCAAACUCCGGUCAGCUCAGUGUAUUCCGUUACGCAACACCUUCAAUAUUAUUAUUCGUAGGGGAAAUUAAUAUUCUCGGAGAAUUGACUCUAUACUGAGUUUCCUGAACUGUUUAACAUAUAAUGUUCUAUUUGUCUCGGGAAAUUUUUCAAAUCCUACAGGUACAUGUAUGAUCUUUUAUCUGAUUAACGCAUCAAUGACCAUGUGAAUGUAUCUGUGUUACAGUUAACCAAAACGCCAUCACGAUCGAUGAUCCCUCUGAUCCAAAAAUUGAUGAAAGAGCGUUACUUGGUAAGUAUCUCUCUCGCUAUCUAUCUAUCUAUCAUCCACCUACAUGUAUUUAUCUAUCUAUUGUAUUGCUUUUCAUCAUCAUUCUUCACUUUCUAGAUGAUCCAGGCUCUCGCUGAGGCCUUUCUGAAAGCCUUAUCAGGUGCAAAUGGCAAUUGAAACGCAUUCCAUAUGAUGUGGGAUGUCAGGAAAAUCCACGCCGUGGUCCAAGUUCAUAGAGUGUUCACAUUGCUUAAACGUGUAUCAUCUUAUGAGAUUUAACAGAAACUGUUUGUAGUGGUGAAUUUUGAUAUCAUUCCGAAAGCAGCAUCAAACAUUGUGUGUUGAUGAGUGAUCAUAGUUCCUCUGGUUGUAGAGUUUACAUUACUUUCUACAGAUGUAUGCGUUCUGUCAUUUUUGGAUUGUAGAUAUGAAUCAUUAAUACUUUUUAUAUUUUAUACAUGCCUGACAAUUUGGUGUACAUAGCUAUAUACUUUAUUUUUAUUUAUUUUUAAAAAGAGAGUUGUGUAUUUUUCUAUUUUGUAUUGUUGAUCUGCUGGUUUAGCUAAAAUGUUUAUCUAUGCCAAUUAUAAGAUUGUAUGUCCACUUAUUAAAGAGCUGAUGGUUUUGAUGAAUAGCAUACUGCUGACUCCGUCCCUCGGGUGACAACAAAUGAAAAUGUACUUUUCCUUUUAUUGUGUAGUUUUUGUGUAGUAUAUUUCAUUAUUAUGACGUAAACAAUAUUUUUAUUCAAUACUGGAUGGGAUUAGGCAGAAGUAUAAACAUAUGUUCACCCUCCAUAAUUCAGUGUUUUAGAGAAUGAAACAUUAUAUACCAUUGUAUCCAGGUGAAUUUAUGAGAUAAUUAAUCAUUACCUAUACAGUGAAUAAAGGACAAUUACAAAUCAAGUUUCGUCAGGUUAUAUCCCAUACAGUAUAUGUUGACUUGUUUGCUUCACGACAUAAAAUUUCAAUGGUUGAACUGGUUGUAUUUUUAAAAGAAGAAAUUACAUUGCAUCCAGUAAUAUAAUAAACCUUAUGUUUGAAAAACAUUAUCUAAACUUGAA